UGAAAAAGUUGAAGUUUGUUGCUGUGCGUGAUCGAAGUGAGCGAGGGGACGUUUGGGGACGCAGUCACGGACCAACUGAGGGGAGCGGAGCUAGACGUUAGACCAAAAUGGCAACCCCCUAUGUGACAGAUGAAUCCGGAAAAUACAUUGCUGCCACUCAGCGACCUGAUGGAACAUGGAGGAAGCCGAGGCGGGUGAAGGAUGGUUACGUCCCCCAGGAGGAAGUACCAGUCUAUGAAAACAAGUAUGUGAAAUUUUUCAAGAGCAAACCAGACCUGCCACCUGGGAUGCAGCCGUCUGAGGCAGCUCCUGCAAAGCAGCAGCAAAAGAUCCCCGGCUGCGGGGACAGCGAGGCAGCCGGUCUCUCAAAGUCUGCCAAACGCAACAUGAAACGCAAAGAAAAACGGAAACAGCAGCAGCAGCAGGGCCAGGAUGGAGAUGCGGACGUGGACUCGGUGAGCGACGCAGUUGAGAAUGUUUCCAUUUCAGAGGCCGGCGAGUCUUCAAAUAAGAUGGCGGCGGUUUCUGUCUCGUCUCCCAGUGAUUCAUCAGCGGCAGCAGCUGAAAAGGCCAAGAAGAUAAAAAACCUGAAAAAGAAGCUACGACAAGUUGAGGAGUUGCAGCAGAAAGUGGACUCGGGGGAAAUAAAAGAGCCAACAAAGGAUCAGUUGGAAAAAUUGGGUCGGGCACAGGCCUUACAAGAUGAAUUACAGCAGCUUGAGCGUGAUUCUUGAAGCAGUAGAAGAGUCAGACUAAACAUACAGAGUACAUACUGAAAGACUGGGAAGGGACCUUUUCAGCUUUGUGAUCAUGGCUUCCAUUAAACAUAGUUUACCUAUUUGAUAUUCAUCAUGAACUUUGGAAGUGAACGGCGCCUUUCAAGCAGAGUGACAGGACGUCUGCAUAGCAGGAAUCACACCUUCAGAACUGACGAGCCUGUUUUCUAGAUUCAGAUAUCUACGUAACGUUACACCUCCUGCUCAUGGACUUGUACUGGCCAGGCCACUCAUUUCUAAAUAUCUUUUAAAGGCAUCGUUGUGAAUUGUUUUGUUCAUGUAUUUCAUGGCAGCAGGUGUUACUUACACGUUACAUAGAAGAAAUCUUUUCUGUUAACUCGUGCAUACUGUUCAUAUUCUAAAGCCUUCACAGUGUGGUUCAAGUAUCUGUACCACAUUUUGGACCACAGGUCUGCUCAUAAUGUAUAAAUAUCCUACCUGACAUUAAAAAAAAAAAAAAUAAUAA